CGUGGAUGCGUCCCUGUUUAGGUUAGAUAGAGGGGGGAAAAAAGGAGCCAAAUUCGUGGUCACUCUUCUCAAGUCUCCCGUCGUCUUCGUCUUCGCUCCCUCCCUUCCUUCAACAGUUCAACCUCCGACGAUCCUCGACGGCUCAACCUCUUCUCGUCCUGGACCAGGUGUUUCUUCAGUCUUUAUCCUCGCGUUCUUCACUUGCCUAAUCAGAGACUCUAUACAGGAAGAGAAAAGCCUCACUGACCAGACACAAGAGCAACUCUACAGGAUCACUGACGUCGCCUAAACGGUGGGAGCAUUUGGAUUUGCUGCGGCGGAGCAACAUCGACGGGAAGGACUGUUUAGUCGUUUGUGUUCCUGACUUCAACCUCUCGAACUCUCAGCUUCCCUCGACCUAUUCUUGUCCUGUUCCGGUCACUCUCUCCGAUUCUGCCUCUCUAGCCACCGCCUCUCUCCGAUUCCCCCCCCCCCAAAUCCAAGCGUAUUGAUAAAACCCCUUGCUGGCGACGGCGGCUUAGGAUCGUUGAAGCUCUGGCUGAGAAAUCCAAAUCGGAGCUCCUCGUUACAGCAACAGUUCUCAAGCAUCUGCUCAUUUAGAGAUGGAAGAUUCUUCCUCGCUAUCCUUUUUCAAGAGGCACUGGGAAGGGUUCCAAGAAUUUUGGUCAGAAAGAUUCUCAUUUCUCGACAACUAUACCAGGUUCAAGACUCCCCCUUGGUCUAGCUCUGAUGUUGAGGAGUUCAUUGCUUCUGAUCCUGUUCAUGGACCAGUGCUGAAAACUACAAGAGUAGCGGCAACAUAUGGCCUCACAGGAAGUAUUGUUGGAGCAGUAUCUACUGCAGGUGUUGCUUACAAAUAUUCCAGGAGCUUGCAUGGUGCAGGACUGUCUUUUCUUGCUGGGGGCGUGUUUGGAUGGACAUUUGGCCAUGAAAUUGCAAAUCACACACUUCAACUUUACAGGUUGGAUACCGCUACUGCACAAGUUAAGUUCAUGGAAUGGUGGGAAAAGAAAUCUCAAGGACGAUCUUAAAGUCAUCUCCUACUGUGAGCGAUUACAACCUUUUUGUAUUAUCUAUCUCCGAGUAUUUGCUUGUGUGAUGGCUCAUUGAAUAAGUAGUACUUUGUCUUGAAUCUUGUUGUAUUGUGUUAUACUUUUAGGCUAAUUCCAGGCAUUAUUAGCCAUUUAAAUUUGGAAAAUGGUGGGUUAUUUACUGCAA